AGGGUGAGAAAUCAUCAACGAGCGUGAAUCUGCGCCCCCAGCCGUUGCGCAGUUCACUACUCUCCUUGUUUCUUACUCCUAUUGUCUCCUUUUUUUUUUCAGUCAACGCUUCAUCUGGUUGGAGAAGCGGCGUACCAUUCCUCUAUUCAUUUUAUCUAUUCAUCAGUCUUAAUCACGUGGCUACAAGCACGGGCACACGCACACUGUCUUCGAUAACCCUUUAACCAGGUUGUGCAUCGCACUGCUUGCUUAACUGCGAACGGCUGCUCCACUUUUUUUUCCUUUCCCCUUCUCUCACCUUAUUCUCUGCUGAUCAUCUUUUCAAGACCACCAACCCCUGCAAGGCGAACGUUCUUUAUUUAUGUAUUUGUUUGUUUAUUAGACAGAAGAAACGUUGUCAAAACAUUUUUUUCCCUGGCCGAAGAGCAUCUUUUUUGUUGUUUGUUUGCUUCGAAUGUUUGGUCUUCUACGCAGUUGGGUUUCAUCCUAGGCACUUCAUCUUGUGUGUAAGUCGCUGCGUAUUUUUGAAGGGAAGAAGCGCACUCUGUAAGAGCAGCGCCUCAUCCUCCUUCCUGCUACAUUUACGUUCUUUGUUGUUUGUUUGUUUGUUGCCUCCGCUUUUUAUAUCAGACUUUAGAGCUUCUUCUUCUUCCUUCUUUCUUCUUUCUUCGUUACAUCUGUUUUUUUUUAGUUUUUUCGUCUUCAAGAAACUCCACCCCGCCCCUCUUCUUCUUCAACUUGGUAUUUAGUUGCUGCUUUUGGACGGUGGUGGACGCACGUCACGAAAGGGCCUCUCCGUACAUCAUCAUUGUUUCCGACUUGUGUGCGACUGUCGCUUCCGCUCACCUCUAUCUGAAUUCUUCUCCUGCAAUUCCCUGACGCUGUUAGAACUGCUGCGUGCUCAUCUGUUGUUUCGCCUUGCUUGUGUCCGCUCUUCGGUUUCGGAUACUCUUUUUUCGUUCUUUCCGCCCUCCACACGUUGCUCCUGUGCCCAACGGCAGUUGUAUAAGCCAACUUGCAUCCCCUCCCUCCUUCGCCCUAUCGGUGUUGUGAGUCGUGUGCGGCCUUUGUCUUCUCCGCCUUCUUCGUUCUGUUGCUCUUCCUCUGUCCUUUGCAUAUAAACUUGUACGUAGCUCCGUUGUGUGCCAUCAGUACAAAACACACGGCAUUAAUUGUAUUAUAUAUAUAUAACGUUAAAGAAAAUGGCGUUUUGUUGUUGCGGGACGGGCGCCACCUCAGGCGUCACGUCCAAGAAUGUCAAUCAGCUGCGACACUUAAAGGAAAUGGGGAUCGCGCGAAGCCCGGGCCCACGUCUGCGCCGCACCGAGGUACAAAUACCCAUCACGCUGAACGUGUACAGCCUCCUCGAGAGCAACGCGAAGCUGUCCAAGAUGGGCAUGGGCGUCUACCACACCGGGGUGGUCGUUUAUGGCAUCGAAUGGGGCUACGGUGAGGUGGUCGAGAACCCCAACGCGUCGGGUCUCUUCUGCGUGCACCCCGGCCAGGCCGCUGGAACACUCUACCGCACCAUCCGCAUUGGCUACACCACCCGCUCGCCGAUGCAGGUCGACACCAUCCUGCACCGCUUGGAGAACGAGUGGCGAAGCAGCGAAUACCACAUCCUCCACCACAACUGCAACCACUUCGCCCAGGCCUUCUGCGACUUGCUCUCCACUACGGAGAAGCUGCAGGUGCCGGCGUGGUGCAACCGUGCGGCGCGCGUCGGUGACCGCAUCAUUCCCCGCAGGCUCGCCACGAAGGUGCAGCACAUGAUGGACGACGAGCCGCCCAAAGCCGUGGCCCCGAGCCCGUGUUGCAACAUCAACGAGGUGCCGCUGUCGGUGGUGCCGCGGGAGUGGUACCUGCAUCCCAGCAUCUUCCAGCCGCUGCGGUACAUCGGCGACAGCAGAUCGGUGUCGGUGCUGUCGCGUGAUCACGUGCCAGCGACUGUCACGGGGAGCCACAACGGUAAAGGCGACGGCUCUCACUACGCGGUUGAGUACGACAUUCUGCCGCCGCCCGGCUACUCACCGGCGGAAGAAGGGAACACCUACCCACCGCUGAUGCACCGUGAAGUCUACCUGGCCACGGACGAGAACGGCAGCGUCUCGCACAUGACAGCGAUCGAGGAGCAGCCGUCCGUUACCCGCACCUCACGGCGGGAGUCGACACGCAAGUCCACCCGCUCGCACCACGCCACGAAGACCACGGACGGGCACAGUCCGUCCCCGCCAUCGCUCGGCGGCGUCGCGGCGAAGGGCGGACAGGAUCGGGUCACGGCGCUGCCACACGUGCGCUCGUCCGUGAGCCAUGCGCAGAGCGGCGGACCAACCGGCUCGCCGCAGGCGUCCGUGCACGACACAGAGACGGAGAGCGUGUUGCCCAGCGACAACAGCGAUGAGUUCCCGCCGGUCAACGUGCCGCGGCCAGAGGUGUCUCCCACUACCACCGAUGCCGCAGCCUCAGAGGAUGAAAUACCCGCAGGCAACGAGGCGAGUAAACAUGGGAGCAAGCGAAAUAGCCGCCUCGGCCGCGGCGAUGUCUUUGCGGAGAAGCCGCUCUACUCAAUGCGUGAAACCUCCGUCCACUCCACUGCCCCCGGCACGCCGGUGAUCAGCUACGGCGCUGGCCACGCGGAACAGAAGCGGCCUUUCUUUGUUCACCCACGGCAGGCCCAACCCGUCGGGUGCAUCAGCGCCCGCCCCUCGGCGCCCACCGCAGCCGCUGCGGCGGAGACGGCAGGGACGCGCGCACGGGGAGACAAAAAGCGCCACAGCGUGUCCACGAGCGACGCGCCUCCCACCACCGCCGCCGCCGCCACGUCGAGCGAGGCGAGUGUGAACACCAGCGAGACGGUGGACCCAAGCCAGCACAAACACGAGAAAGACAGCAAAGCGCAGCGGCGCAAGGAGGUGGUGGACGCGCUGCACCGCGGCAGCACAAAACGGCCGGACGACUUCAGCGACAUCGUGACGGCGGCACCGCCUACUCUCUCCACCGGAUCGCCCAACAUACCGGUCGCCGCCGCUGACACCAAGAAGAACCCCGCGCUGGCGCUCCUGCUCAAGGCCCGCGGCGUCGGCUCCGCCAACGAGGGGACCAAGAAGGGGAAGAAGUACCUCUCCACGCCGCCGCGCAGCGCUGCGGCCGCGCACGCGGACGGUGACAAGAACAACUCCGACGCGGUGUCCGCGCCGGCGCUCUUCCUCGCCGCGCUGGCGAACUCGUCGGCGCCGUCGCAGGAACCCCCAGCGAGUCCGCAGCAGCAACAGCAGCAGGACCACAAAGGUCCGCAUGCAGUAGCGAAGACAAUGGUGGUGACAGAGUCGGUGUUGGGCAACGGACCGGGGGAGGAUCAACCAGAACGGGAAACCACAAUGGUGUACAAGCCUGCCUCGCCGCUUUCGCCCGCGACGGGCCACCCUGUUCCAGGGGCGGCGAACAUCAAGAAAAGCGCCUUUGCUAUCCCUGUCGUGGGGCACGACGGGGAAGACGCUUUGCUGAACACGAACGGCAUUCCCCCGCCGCACCCGACGCCACAGGAGUCGCACAGCAGCAGCGACGGCCCGCUCCACGCACCAGCAGAGGGCAGACGCUCGCCUCGAGCGAAUGCGCCCAACACGCCGCGAAGUCGCCAUCUCCUCUCCAACGCGAGCAGUCUCUCGGACAUGCACCUGCAGCCGUUCCCUCGGCGGCUCUCGGAGAGUGCGGUCCCGCCAUCCAGCGUCAGCGUUGAAGAGCUGCGGUCUCCUUGCGCGGUCAGUCUGCCCGAUGUGCUGCCGCAGCUACCAGACGCGCCGGAACCCCUCCACCACCCGGCGUGGCAAGGUCAGGCUUUCUCUCCAACGCCGGAGCGCGCGUUCGUUUCGGCCACCAGCCGGGUGGCCACUACGUGCUCGUCGCCGGCCACAGCGCACCGGCAGACGCAUCGUGGCAGCACCUCCGUCUUGAGUGAAACGUUCACGCCGUCACCGCAGUCGCAGCAGCAGCAGGCUGAGCGGUCACGGACGCCAAUUCCGAGCUCGGGCAGAAACUUCGCCAGAGCAGGCGCGCACGCGUCCGUCAAUCUGCUGUUGGACCUCGGCGGCGGCGACGCGAUGGAGCCGCCGGUGUCGCGCUCGUCGAUGGUAUCCAACUCAUCGCAGGUCUUCUCCAACGUUGUGCCGCGUCGCAGCACGAGUCGCAGAGAUGCAGACACGCCGCGAUCGCCGGACAGAAUCGCCCACACGCCGAUGGCGCCGUUUCCGCGCAGACCGUCGCUGCUGUCUCGCGAGAGGUCUUCCGCGGCGAGUGUGAAGGCGGUCCAUCUGACGCCCGACCACAGCAGCAGCAGCAUCCACGCUGCGCAGCGAAACCUUGCGGUGGAAUUGAAGGAAACACCAUCGAAAACGUUGACGCCGGCAGGCAGCAAAGGCACUGUCGACGAAGGUUGA